ACGUCGGCAUCGAAAUAACAACACAUAACUUUGCAAACCGCUGCAUUCGGAAUCCGUUUUCUUUCAGUCUGUUGCAUCGCACAAAUUAGCUGCUCAAUCGAUAAGCGAUAGUAAUUUGUAGUUAGAGUUUUUUUCAAUCAAUCCUUUUAAUCCUUGCUGUGGCGACCUUUCGCAUCCCAGCGCAUAAACAGCCAGCACAACUUUCGUUCGGACCGUACCGCUGGUGACGAGUUAAAAGUUUCAUUUAAAUCCUGGACUCUCAUAUUUUUACCAAUGGCCAUCAAAGCAGGAAUGGGGAGGAAAUCUUCCAACAAAAAUCCUCCAUUUUUCAGUCAUGAGUUCGUAAUUCAAAACCAUGCGGACAUUGUGUCGUGCAUCGCGAUGAUCUUCGUCGUAGGAAUAAUGCUACAGCCGACACAAUCCCUAGCUAGUACCUUCGUUGCCUUACGCCACAACGUAUCUGGAGCGGAUCCCAGCCAGGAGAACCCUAUGGGAUUGCAGUUCUUGUACACGGCUGGAUGGAAAGAUGCUUGUGCGGUAUUUUUCUACACGCUUAUCUGCAUCAUCAUGCAUGCUAUACUACAGGAAUACGUUCUGGAUAAAAUAUCGAAAAAGCUUCAUCUGUCCAAGUUCAAAUUGUCACGCUUCAAUGAAUCCGGUCAGUUGGUAGUUUUUUACGCAAUGUCCUUCCUGUGGGGUCUGGAUCUAAUUGUGCGUGAACGGUAUUUCGGAAAUAUGCAUAGAAUGUGGGAAGGAUACCCUGAUCAUCCGAUGAUCUUCCUGCACAAGAUGUUCUUCAUUAUCCAGCUGGCAUACUACGCGCACAUGCUGCCAGAACUGUACUUUCAAAAGGUGAAGAAAGACGAACAGAAGCCUAAGAUACAACAUGCUGCAGGUGGUCUGUUUAUAAUCGGAACUGCUUACUUCCUUGGAUUCCAACGUAUUGCUCUCGUUCUCCUGACUCUGCACUACUUCUGCGAAUUCGUGGCCCAUACCUUCCAGUUGGUGGACAUAGUGGAUAAGGAAGGAAAAUUCGCUAAAUUACGUCUUGUUCACAACGGAUUGUUCAUUCUCACCCGUUUUACGACGAUGGUUCUGUCUUUCCUUACCUUGUUCUACAGCAUUGACAACAUUUCACAAUCUAAGCGCGUGCUGAUGUUAUCGAUGGUGUUCGGACUGCAGGGUUAUCUGUUUUUCGAUUUUAUUUCCAAUGUACUUCGCUCCAAGCGGGAAAACUCCUCGGAAGAACGGGCGAAAAUAACGGUUACCGCAAACAAGACUGACAAACCGAAAAAGCAGAAGAAAAAGGAAAGUGAUCUUCCAGAAGCCGAUCAAAACUCUGCACAAUCUUCUCCAAAAGCUGCCGGUAGUAACGUGCGCAAGACGAAAGUAAAGUAAGCUGAGGAGUACAAGCUGUGAAGCGGUUUGCCGGUAUACUUUUUUUCCAUCCAUUUUUUACUGGUCGCAUUGUUUCCUUCAAAGAAAGAUACAGUAUAGCAACAUUUAAUAGUGAAGAGAACUCAUUUGAAAACAGCACAGAAAGUAUAAUAUGUUAUAGCUUGGCUGUCCCGUGGAGCACGGACUGUAGUGAAUGGAGUCGCGAACAAAUGACGUUGUUUCGGAUCAUCGAAGAAUGUCGACACAUUUUGAGGUUUGUGCGUCAGGUGGUAAAAUAUUUGUACAAAGACUCUUUCAAACAUUAUUUUGCUUUUCGGCUUAUGACAGGUAAUGCAUUUAUCUUAAAGAUAAAGUUUCGUAUAGCGAGGAUGAUGAGUGUGUAAGUUGAGGUCCUUGAGGUGUUAUUCUAGAUUUUGCCGUUCCCACUUAAGUGUUAAUCAGGUAUUUUUCUGAG